GCGGUAGGCGGAGCGGGAGAACGUUCUAGCAGGUGUCGGUUCUCUGGUGUUCGGCGUGCUGCGCUGCUCCAGCGUGUCGCGAUGACCCGUGGAAAUCAGCGUGAACUUGCUCGGCAAAAGAACCUGAAGAAGACUCAGGAAACUCUUAAAGGCAAAAGGAAAGAGGAUAGCUUGUCUGCAUCUCAGAGAAAGCAGAGGUAAGAUACCCAGCACCAUUGAUUGGAG